CCAUUAUCUGGCCUAUCAGUGACCCUCAGCCCAUGGGAUGGCGAGGUCGGAUGUUCUUUACCCAUUUUUCCCUUUUCUUCCUAGUGCGGUCCCACCACCCUACUACUUUCCUCUCCUGUGAGGCCGCCACCCCACUCCAAUUUACUUUUGCUAAUGGCCACUGGCUCGAUUUUGGACUCGCACUCCCAUGUUGGUGGGACAGUGAAGCCGCUGAUAAGCCAGAUAGGCAAAGACUUGGGGAUGCAGGUCGGUUUCCCAUUGGUAACGAGACUACCGAUAUGUAUGGCACAUCACCGUAUCACUGUACAUCAAUCACUGUCGUCCGUCCCCAGAUUCAGAUUAUCAUUGAUCAAUGGGAGGGAUACGGCUGAUGUCUUAGUUUAGGGUCAACAUUGUCUUGAUCUUUGCAGUCUGACUGGAUUCAGAGAAUCAUGAACGUGACGUUUACUCUCGGGCAAUCAAUUGUCAGGCUACUAUUUCAGAAAAGCAAAUCAUACUUCAGGUUUACCUUUCAGCCCAGGUCUCGGAUACUAGUAACAGUGGCAAUUCACACACACAACACACACACUGCACAAUCAAGUGGUAGGACUGUACAGUAGGAUUAGGGCACCAGUCUAAGGAUUAUUACCAAUGAUACCUAAAUAAUUUAAUCGACUAGUAUUAUUAUUCAAAUUUAAUAGGAUGGAGGACCAACAACCUGUAUUAUAGUAUUACAUGAGACAUCAUACUCUACACCAUCAAUCCAUUGUCAAUGCGGCAUUUGACCACGAGUGAGGUUUUUGUCUUUCACUCCUCAUCCCCAAUUUUUACGCCUUUCCUUUAAUAAUUGGUAUAGAACAAUCUCCGCAUUUUUUUUUUUUUUACGAAGUACUAUUACUAGAACUAUCAACGUGUGGUAUACUAAGUUGGCAGGAACCAAAAUUUCCCAAGGUAAGGUACCAAGUUGUAUGUAAU